AUGCAGAAUAUGUUUGCCAAUCAUGAGUAUUCUGGUUACGAAUGCAUAGAACUGUAUGUUACUCUACCAGAAGUUCAAACCACACAAAUGGUUGAGUCACAAGUCAUUGAUGCACUUGGAGACGAGCAAGCAGAGGUCGACGUUGUAGAUGAAGAAGAAGAAGCACCGGAAAUAGAAGUUGAUAACCUGGUAAACGAGGAAAGUGAAGAUGAACCGGAAGUUGUUGUACCACGAGAUCAAGUGCAUAUGCCUCCAGUGCACAUGAGGAACCUGAAUUUUGAUGGGGAUGACGAACCAUCGACUGAUAUUUUCUAUGAUCCAUACACCCAAACAGAUCAACGGUUAAAAGUAGGAGACAGAUUUCGUUCUAAGGAGGCAUGUAUCAUGGCCAUAAAAAGAUUUCAUAUGGCAAACAAUGUUGAUUUUAGAGUUGAUCGUGCCAAUGUCGAAAGGUACAAAAUUUACUGUAGUAACACUGAUUGUGGAUUCAGGUUGCAUGCAUCAUACAGGAAGAGAAGUGACUCAUGGGUUAUAGGAUAUAUUUCCCAAGAUCACACAUGUAUUAACACAAAUGUUUCACAAGAUCACCGUAAGCUCAGUUAUGACAUCAUUUGUCAAGAAAUCUUGCCUCUAGUUGAAAAAGAUCCAUCGUUAAAGGUGAAAACGAUAAUCUCUCAUAUCGUUGCAACGUACAACUACACUCCGUCUUAUAGAAAGGCGUGGCUGGCGAAGACCAAGGCGAUCGAAGUUGUGUAUGGAAAUUGGGAGGAUUCGUAUAAACGACUCCCACAUUUCUUAUAUGCGCUUCAAAUUUAUGCUCCUGGAACUGUUACUAUUUUAGAGACCCUUCCGGCGCAAUCUCCAGACGGAACAUCACUUCAAGGAAAUGCAGAUGGGUUGACAGUCUUGCUAGAGAGAAAUGGACCAGAUCAUACGACAACGGGAAGCGAUGGGGGCACAUGA